AUGUAUUUUCAGAUAAAUGUACGGGUCACUACAAUGGAUGCUGAGCUGGAGUUUGCCAUUCAGCCCAGUACAACUGGUAAACAACUUUUUGACCAAGUUGUGAAAACGAUCGGACUCCGAGAGAUCUGGUACUUUGGACUGCAGUAUCAGGACAGCAAGGGCUUCUCUACAUGGCUCAAACUCAAUAAACGGGUGACUGCUCAAGAUGUCAGAAGGGAUAACCCACUGCUGAUUAAAUUCAGAGCAAAGUUCUACCCUGAGGACGUGGCUGAAGAGCUGAUUCAGGAAGCUACGCAGCGUCUCUUCUUCCUCCAGGUGAAAGAGGGGAUCUUGAACGAUGAUAUCUACUGUCCACCUGAGACGGCCGUUCUCCUGGCCUCAUACGCUGUGCAGAUGAAAUACGGUGAAUACAACAAAGAAUAUCACGUGCCUGGAUAUUUGUGCAAAGACAAACUCCUGCCACAAAGAGUUCUAGAACAACACAAGCUGACUAAAGAGCAGUGGGAAGAACGAAUCCAGGUGUGGCAUAAGCAACACAAAAGCAUGAUCAGAGAGGACGCAAUGAUAGAAUACUUGAAGAUUUCCCAGGAUCUGGAGAUGUAUGGAGUGAACUAUUUCAGCAUCAAAAACAAAAAAGGAUCUGAGCUGUGGUUGGGUGUUGAUGCUUUGGGACUCAACAUAUAUGAACGUUCAGACAAGCUGACACCUAAGAUUGGAUUCCCUUGGAGUGAGAUACGGAAUAUUUCUUUCAAUGACAAGAAAUUUGUCAUUAAACCCAUAGACAAAAAAUCACCGGACUUUGUGUUCUAUGCACCUCGUCUGCGUAUCAAUAAGCGUAUCCUGGCUCUGUGCAUGGGAAACCAUGAUCUUUACAUGCGUCGCCGCAAGCCAGACACCAUUGAGGUGCAGCAGAUGAAAGCACAGGCCAGAGAGGAGAAGAACAAGAGACAACAAGAGAGAGCUCUUCUGGAAAAUGAGAAAAAAAGAAGAGAAAAUGCAGAGAAAGAAACUGAGAAGAUUGCAAGAGAGACGAUGGAGCUCAUGGAAAGACUUCGACAAAUUGAGCAGCAAACCAAAAAAGCUCAAGAAGAACUGGAAGAGCAGACCAAGCGAGCAUUGGAGCUGGAGCGGGAAAGGAAAUUUGCUCAGGAUGAAGCUGAGCGUCUGGAGAAAGACCGCAGGAUUGCAGAAGAAGUGAAGUCAGCAUUACUGAUGCAAUCUGAGAACCAGAUGAAGAACCAGGAGAAUUUGGCAACAGAGUUGGCUGACCUUACAUCCAAGAUCACUCUUUUGGAAGAUGCCAAAAAGAAGAAAGAGGAUGAAGCCAGGAAAUGGCAGAGAAGGGCAAUUAUGGUUGAGGUAGACCUGGAGAAGACAAAAGAGGAGUUGAAGAGUAAGCUAAUUGGGGUCCAAAUUCAGACAAUGUCCCAGACGGAGAAUGACCAUGAUGAAAAUGACGAGAGCAGUGCUGAGGCCAGUGCUGAGCUCACAUCCACUGGAACAUGUCAAGACCGCAGUGAAGAACAGCGCAUAACAGAAACGGAGAAGAAUGAACGUCUGCAGAAGCUCUUACAGGUUCUGAGCUCUGAGCUGGCAGAUGCUCGUGAUGAAAGUAAGAAGACUGCAAAUGAUCUGAUCCAUGCUGAGAACGUGAGGUUAGGGAGGGACAAAUACAAGACCUUACGGCAAAUUCGACAAGGAAACACCAAACAGCGCAUUGAUGAAUUUGAGUCCAUGUGAUUUACCAGUUGGACAGAAUUUAUGUCAGUUAGCAUUAUUAUUAAUCCAUCACAGAGAAUUUUGAACUGCAGAGUCAAGUGAUCUUAGUCUUUUGAGGUGAAUUAAAAAGCACAACAUGAAGUUAAAGCAAUGACAAAUGUUGUGAACCUCUUGAUUGUUUGAAUGAAAGAAAUUAGACUGUAUUGAAUUCACAAAAUAAUUAAAUAAGUCAAGUCUGUUUU